AUGGAAGUUAUUGCAGACGGUUACGAGGUAACAUAUGCAGGAUAUAGAUGGAACGGCGAGGGGCAAUACUCAAUGGAGCAUAGAGGGCGCGUCACGGUGGGCCCUGUGCCCGCAUGUUCAAGCAGCCGCUACGAGGCUAUGUUCUGUGGCAACCCCUGCCAGCACCCCACACACGGACGGCGUAUUGCACGUCCGAGAGGGUCAUGGUCGGGUUACAUCGCGGACAGGUGUCGCACCCCUGCAGAACCUUGGACGGCGGAUGGCGACAGUGGUUGUCUGCAGGACGGAGAGGGCUGGACGCCACGGUGCAUCCACCAAUCAAUACUCGUACAGGGCCCGAUCUGCUACCGGCCACUAGUCUCGGAGGUGCUAACGUCUCCAGCCACUGAGAGAGCUUGUCUCGAGCCUUCUGGGGUGGUAGCGUUCGAAGGCUUGCUCGGCUGGCAGCCUACUGCUGCCAUCGCUGAUAGCGUCAGGUCCGGUACAGACAGGCUGCGCAAGCCGACGAAUGACCGGCGCGCAGAACAGGCGACGGAGCCGACCGAGCAGAUCAGUGUCCCGUUGCGAAGCUGCAUCGAAGCUGUGUGGAAGAUGGCAGGCGCUUGCUGCCCACCAUUUGGAGCACACAGCGAAAGCCGCCCGCCGUGA